AAGCUUCUUAUUUCUCUUCAAAAAUCGACCAAAAAGCAGCUGAUUGAUUCAACAACUUUACCACCAACUUUAUAAGCAGUGAAGGCUUUUUUAAUCUCACAUACGGGCAGGCGAAUCACGGCAGGCGUAUAAUUUAGGCAUAAGAUAUAUAAUUAGCACAAAAAGUUCGAAAGUUACAUCUAAUGUUUUACACAAACACGCAUACGCUGUAAAUUUGUGGAGUGGAAGGUAAGAGAAGAAAUAUGGAUCAAAAUAGUUUGUCCUAUUAGCUUUUAGAAAUUAUUACAGUAAGACCUUUUUUGAAUUCACCGUGUUUUUGAUUUAAAUGUUUCUAAAACACUGCAAAUUUCAAAAUGAAUACAAAUUCCUGUUGUCUCAUUGUCUUAGUGCAUGAACAAGCUAAUAUUCAUGUGGCUACUUACAGACGAAUCAAAAGUGAACCACCAAUCACUUAAAUGAUCCUGAUGAUGACUCACUCGACAAGCUGUCUACGUAGAAUGAUAGAAUACUGUCGACCAAAUAAAAGUUGAUCAUUUAAGGGUUUUAAUUUGCUUCGUAGCUCAACUCACUACUCCUGAACUAUGUCUUUUUUAAGUUGCUAUUAAUACUGUAUAUAAGUCUUAUUUAGGUGGAAGCUAUAGGAUAUGUUUGAACAUCAUAACUGUACAGAAGUUAAGUGAAUGCAUUUUGCCUUUCAAAGUGUAUAUUCUGUUCAAUUUUCAAUUAUGCUCAAGGAUUACGUUCAUAAAUUGCUUAAUCUUAUGUUUGUAGUUGUUUAAUAUUAUUAAAUGAAAAGUAAAUAGUUAUCUGGUUUAUAAAGGUAUAAACUGACUGUUCUUUUACGUAUAUUUUGUUAGCGUCGAUCAAAAAUCUUACGUUUUAUUAUGAUCAAAUUAACAAACAAUUUUCACAAAAAUGAAGGUUUCUUUAUUUAUUUAGAUGAGUUAUUCUCGACGCUUUGAGCCACUUGUUGUUGUUGAGUUUUCUUCAUCAGCACGAAAUGACACAAAACAAUGGCUUUUACGACGUAUAACAGCUAGCCGCCAGGAAAAUGGUGCGGAAUUAUUAGCAUCAAUCGAAGCAGAUUCAGAUAAUAAAAAUAAUAUAAUGUAUGUUGGUGCUCUAACUGAUCGCUUAUUAGAAGGAGGAGAAGAAUUACAAAUAAAAAAACGUUAUAAAGAUGGAACAUUACGUGAAUUUUUAGUUGCUGAUAUAAAAAAUUUUGAAAAUGGAGACGACCCAGACAAUUUUUUGAGCAUGUCAACAAAACAACGAAUAAUAUGGGAAGAAUUACAGAACCUAAGGCCUGAACCACAUGAGCAUGCGGUACCGGGCGCACCAAUGAAAUCGAUAGAUCAAAAUGAUGACACGAUCUUGGGUUUAUUGAAAAAUUUGGACUAUAUUGUAAACGUGUUUCCAUUACAUGACAAAGAAGAAUUGAAACGACUCGAACAUACUUGGUAUAUGACAUCAAAUUCAUGGCUUCAAUUUAAACCAUUGCCAAUAAGACAAGUUCGAGAUUAUUUUGGAGAAAAUGUUGCGUUUUAUUUUGCAUUUCUGGAGUAUUACACAAAGUCAUUAGUCGUCCCAGCAAUCAUUGGAAUCAUUGUUCGAUUUUUUCCAUGUGCUGAUUUUCUCAAAUAUAGUUUUUAUUGCAUCUUUAAUGUAUUCUGGUGGACAAUUUUUAUGGAACGAUGGAAACGUCUAGGUAAUAAACUUGCUUUUGAAUGGGGUGCACUUGAUGUACAAAUAUUUGAAAGACCACGUCCGUUGUAUCAUGGACCCUUAGUACGCAGUCCUAUUACAAAUAAACUAGAACGCCGUUAUCCACCAUGGAAAAGACAAUUGAAGAAAUAUCUUAUUACCUACCCGGUGAUUAUGAUUUGUUUAUCUAUCUCAUUGACAAUCUAUUUCACGUACUAUCGUAUACAAAAGAGAACAAAUGAACAAUUAAUGUCUGAUCAUGAAAAAGCAAUGUCACUAUCACGAUAUGGUUUACGAAUUGUGCCAUCAGCUGGCUAUUCAUUAUUAGUGACAACAAUUACUCUUGCCUAUAAAAGAUUAUCCAUUCUUUUAACAGAUUUUGAAAAUCAUCGUCUCCAAUCGUCUUAUGAAAACAACAAUACUGCAAAAUUGUUUAUAUUUUAUUUUAUGAAUUGUUUUAUUGGCUUAUUUUAUGAAGCAUUCUUUAAUAUGAAUUAUGGUAACGUUGCACAGCUUCUGAUUACUAUGCUCGUCGUUAAUGCUUUAAUAAAUAAAUUUGUUGAAACAAUAGCGCCCUAUAUUGCGAAAAAAUUUAAAAAAGGACAGUUGAACAAACAUGAUCCUACACAUAAACCGAGUGAUAUUGAAAAACAAACAAAAUUAUUGACAACAUUUAAUGUAUUUCCAUGGGUAACUAUCUGUGCUUUGAUUAAUAAUAUUUUUGAAUUACGUGCUGAUGCAUUUAAAUUUUGUCACGUGUUUCAACGUCCAUUUGCUCAAUUAGUUUCAAACAUAGGUUCAUGGCAUUAUGCAUUCGAUGUAAUGAGCUCUGUUGCAGUUGUUACAAAUACGGCCUUGAUUGCCAUGCAUCCCUCGGUUCGUGAUUAUUUUUCUGGUUAUAGUGAUAUAGAAUACAUUUUAAUGUUUGUAGCUGCUGAACACAUACUUUUGACAAUGAAAUAUGCACUUAUGUUUGCAAUACCGGAUACACCAAUGGAGGUAGAAAUUGAACGUGCUCGAAGUCUUUAUGAAUCAAUGCAAGCUUUGAAACGUGAAAGUCUAUCAGCUGAUGAAUAG